UUCACCAAUCUCCCUCAGAUCAAUGAGCUGAGUUGGCAGAACUCUCUGAUCAUUAUCUCCGGCAUUAUGCUCAACUGUGUGGUUUUUGGUGCAAUGUUCCGACCGCUGGAGGACAACAACCUGGCAGAUCACAACAAUGAGUUGAACCUGCAGGAACUGCCUGCCCCUGAGGGUCUACCUCUCAACCACUUACCUAAGAUCAAGAUCGCAGGAGACGAACUAAAGAAAAACUUCAGCGAUGCGAACCUGGUCCGCCAGAGCUACAACUGUGACAGCAUCCAGCGCAUCAGUUCCCAUGGCAACAUGAGUCCACUCUUAUACAACAUGAAGAACACAGACGAUGCUACCAGGAUGGCCCAGUCACAGCCUUGUAAGCCUUAAUUGGUGAUUAUUCAGAAAG